GGCGUUUUUACUUUUUUUUGACAUGUUUGAGAGACUUAGAAAGGGAAAAAUAUGAAUGCUGUCAUAGCAUUGUGUCAUUUUUGUGAAACUCAUGGUCCUAGCGUGUUAUUUUGUACUCAGGCUUUUCAUGGUGAAGAUGAAGAUCCAAUUGCGUGCGGUACACCUAAAGAAGGCAACGCUCAUAACAGAAAAAUUUCUCAGUCCAGUGGAUCAGAAUGUAGUGUAGCGUCAUCUCAGAAAUCCAGUUCAUCUAGAUCCAUUCAAUGUGAGGCUUGUCGAUCAAUACCAUCUGAUCAUCCAGGAUUUCGAAGUAUUGAUGAACAUUCUGAAAUAUUAUACAUGAGCUGUCGUAAUCCUGCACAUCAAGAUAUUUAUAGCGUUGUCCGACAAGCAUGUGUUAGAAGUCUCAGUUGUGAAAUAUGUCCAGGCCGAGAGGGUCCGAUAUUUUUUGGUGAAGAUGCUAAUGGCUAUGUUUUAAGUCAUACAUUUUUUCUCAAAGAUUCGCAAGCUAGAGGUUUACAGCGUUGGUAUAGUAUAAUUAUUGUAAUGAUGGAUAGGGUUUAUCUUAUCAAUUCUUGGUCAUUUCUUGUCAAACAUUUCAAACAAAUCAUAGACAAGCUUCAAGCGAAGGCUUGGGAGGUUUUCAAUUCAGAGACCGACGCUCGCUUUGAAAGGUCAAGACGCUCCAUCGGUAGAAGACACAUCACUUUGGGUUCAGAUGUUCUUCGGCGACAACAUAGAGCUUCUUUUCGUGCCAUCGAAAAUCUAACUUGUCACAAGCAUCUUUUUCAUUAUCUGCAUUUGUAUUUUUCAUGGAUUCUCAAAGCUGGCGCAAACAGGGUCACCGAGCGUGUGUUGGAAGGUGCUCCUAGGGAAGAGCUUCUCACGGAUUUUGAAGCACAAGAUAUGGAAGAAACUUUGAUUCCUGCGAAUGUGCACAUGUCAAAUCAGGAAGAAAUACCUGAGAAGAUCACAGAUUCACCUCAAUUUUCAUCGUUAAGGCAAAUGCUUCAAGUUCUUAGUCAGGCGAAGUUUCGUCUUUUGGCGUUUAAUGUCGUUCAAGGAAACCAGCUUAUUGUCCGUGGAAAACCAGAGAGUCUUGUUCUUUCCAUUUUUGAAACAUUGAAGAUUCUCAUUCCAAACAGGUGUUUCAAAUGUGUUCCAUACUCUGAUAUAUAUCAGGAAUCUUGGACAUGUAACUUCCUUGGGCUGAGGCCUGGCACUAGCAUUCCGGAACAUAUAUUAGAGUCUCACUUAUAUACACUUAUGGAUAUCAAGGAAAACGAUAAUGUUUUAAAAGGUGAACGAAGCAAUCCUUUAGGAGCUUAUACUUUUGAAAUACAUGGUACAGACCUUGUUCAUGGUCCUCAAAUUUUAAAGAAAAUCGAAGAAGCUUUGCUCAACAAAAAUUUCACGGAAAGCGUUCUUUCCCAAUAUUUAUGCGCGUUAAAAGAAGAGUGGAUGGACAAAGUGAAGGUGAUAUUUAAGUUUUCAAGAUCAGGACCACGAAGUUCCGAAGAAAAAGAAAGGCUAUUUAAAAUUUUACACGCGAAACCAGAAGAUGAGAUUAUUUUGAAGUUCUGGAUGACUGGUUUCAAUAAAGAAUAUCGAUCACAUUUGUUGACUUGUUCGCAAAUGACAAGUACCAAUUAAUUAUUGAUCGCAUUCACAUAAAUACGAAAGAUAUUCGGCAAUUCAGUUUUUGUUAAAGUUUGCCUUGAUUGUGCGACGACGCACAAAGUGAUCCAAUUAUACAUAUCUUGUGUAUAUCCUGCGAAAACAAUGUAAUCAUGUGGUUUGGAUUCACAGCGGAGGAUUAAUCAUGUGGUUUGGAUUUACAGCGCAGGAUUAAUCAUUUGGUUUGGAUUUACAGCGGAGGAUUAAUCAUUUGGUUUGGAUUUACAGGGGAGGAUUAAUCAGUUGAAUCAUCUCGAUGAAAAGAUUUUCUUACAAACAUGAAAAGAUUUUCGAUAUAAAAAUGUAACAAACUUUUAUCAAUACAAGCAACAGCCGACCCACGUUUUCUGUAUAAAUAGUUUCAAUAACACUGAAACAAGAUGAGGUUAUGUUAUGGAUCCAGUAUGUGAUGAUGCAGGGCUUUAUGAACCAUUGCUCCAACUUUGUGUAACUGCAUGACGAAGGUUAAUUGACAGAAAGCCUACCAGGAACAGUGACUUUAUCUAAAUUGGGCUUAACCAUGAUCAUACAGCAUCAUACCGUCAUUAUGUGAUAGUCAUUUGUUUCCAUACAUUGGUCAGAAAACGAAGAUAUUUUCAAUGAGUGGUUUGUGUUGGCAGGAAGAAUGCUAGCUAAGUGGGAAACUGGCUUUAGAGUAAGCACAAGUUUUCUUCCUGGGUGCAACAGGGAAGUUGACAAAAACUUAUUAUAGGAGAAUAUUUUAAUUAGAAGAUAAAUUAUAUUUGAUCUGCUUCAUGUGGUACAAUGUUUUUGUCCAAAUGAGAAUAUUUUAAUAACAUUUAUUAUAAUAUAAUUACAGAUCGUAAAUUCUUAAUAAAAUCUUGUGAUAGGGAUCUAUUUAAAGUAUAGAUAUUGUUAUGAUUACAUUUGAAUAUCCAAA